AUGCUGCGGAUCCUGUGCCUGGCACUCUGUGGCCUGCUGCCAGGCACUCGAGCCGACCCGGGCGCGCUGCUGCGGUUGGGCAUGGACAUCUUGAACCAUGAGGUGCAGAGCGCCAUGGAGGAGAGUCACAUCCUGGAGAAGAUGGCAGCCGAAGCCGGCAAGAAGCGGCCGGGCGUGAAGCCCAUCAAGGGCAUCACCAACAUGAAGGUCAAGGACGUCCAGCUCCCUGUCAUCACGCUGAACUUCGUCCCUGAAGUGGGCAUCUUCCAGUGUGUGUCCACGGGCAUGACCAUCACGGGAAAGAGUUUCAUGGGAGGGAACAUGGAGAUCAUCAUCGUCCUGAACAUCACAGCCACCAACCGGCUCCUGCAGGAGGAGGAGACGGGCCUCCCCGUGUUCAAGAGCGAGGGCUGUGAGAUCACCCUGGUCAGCGUGAAGACCAACCUGCCCAGCAACAUGCUGCCCAAGAUGGUCAACAAGUUCCUGGACAGCACCCUGCACAAGGUCCUCCCCGGCAUGCUGUGUCCAGCCAUUGACGCAGUCCUGGUGUACGUGAACCAGAAGUGGGCCAGACUCAGUGACCCUAUGCCCGUGGGCCAGAUGGGCACUGUCAAGUACGCCCUGAUGUCCACACCGGCCACCACGGCCAGCCACAUCCAGGUGGACUUCAGCCCCGAGGUUACGCAGCAGAAAGGCAAAACCAUCAAGCUGGCCGAGGACGGGGGGCCCCUCGAGAUCCCGGGGGGCUAUGCCGAGGGGUCAUCGCAGCUGCUGCUCUCGGCCGCCCUCCUCACAGCUGAGCUGGCCCUUCUGCAGAAGUCCUUCAACAUGGACAUCCAGGACCAGACGAUUGGUGAGCUGCCACCACAAACCACGGUGACCCUGGCCGGCUUCAUCCCUGAGGUGGCCGAGGCCUAUCCCAAGCCCAAGCCCGUAGUGACCCAGAUCAGGAUAAACAAGCCCCCCAAGGUCACCAUGAAGACGGGCAAGAGCCUGCUGCACUUCCACGGCUCGCUGGAGAUCUUCACCACCUGGCGGCGGGGCAAGCCCCCCAUGUCCCUGUUCCUCCUGGAGACACACUUCAACCUGAAAAUCCAGUACUCGGUGCAGGGGAACCGGCUGCAGAUGGACACCUCUGUGGACAGAUUGCUGAGCCUGACGCGGGGGUCCUCAUCAAUUGGUAACUUCAACGAGGAGGAGCUGACUGGCUACAUCACCGAUUAUCUCCAGGAAGCCUUUGUCCCCGUGGUCAACGAUGUGCUCCGAGUGGGGUUCCCGCUCCCGGAUCUUCUGGCCAUCGAUUACAACCUGGCGGAGCUGCACAUAGCAGAGAAUGCUCUAGUGCUGGAUCUGAAGCGGGACUGA